UGUAUAGCCAGUAUACAUCGUCCCCUUACGCUGCCAUUUUAAUUCCUUAACGUGAUAAAAUUAUAUAGUGUGGGUACUAUUGCACCUUGUAUAUUAUUUAAGCCAUGGUAUUAUGCAAGGGCGUGGCGGUCGGCGGCGGCGGCUCUUGGAAUGGUCUCCAUCGCUGACAUACGCGGCGGCCGGCAGUCGCGAUAGUGAAUAUUGUGCCGACGCCGCCCAAACAGUGUGCGCACACGAUGAACACCAUCCGUUCGUGUUUCGCCAUCACAGUCGCGUUUCUCGUCAUCGCGAUCGGCUGGUGGGCCACCGACGCUGUGGUCUGUUGCAACAGUAGUUCGGUCGCGACUGUCGGCGGAGACGUCGUCGCGUCAUGCCAGAACAAAAAUCGGACGUUCCACACGAUCGAGGCGAUCGGCGGUGUGACGUGCGAUGACGACCGGACGGCUGUGCCGGUCCGGAAGUGCUGUCCGCUGGGCCAGUCGUACAAUCCGAAAGAACGGUUCUGCCGACCAGGCAGGGCGGACGGUGACGAGCACCUGCAGCGGAUGGUGCAACUACUGAGGGACGAAUUCCGGGCGGUGGCCGAUGCGGUGAUGGUGGGUUACGACUAUGAGCAGCCACUGUGCGACGCAGCGGACGUGCUAGUCGACGUGCUCACCGUGGAGGUGAGUAGGCUGAUGGAUGCGUACUCGUCAGUCCUCGAGUUGCCCCCGGGCUACUGCUUCGACCUGACGCCAUCCGAUGAGCUGGUGGCCCGGACGUGCCAGCCACGCGACCAGAUCUGCGGCCAGGAAAAUUACACGUGCGUCCACAAGUGCUGCAAGGGCGACCGGAUGAUAGUCGACGACCCCAAUGGUCCGCAGUGCAAGCAGAGCAUGAAGCCGUUUAAGAUGUACGCCUACGACCACUAUAGAUUCGAGGGCCCCAGCUCUAAUAGCCAUGGAGUGUCCCUCUCGGAUAACACGGUGCUGCCGUACUAUGUAGAAUUCAAUUGCUCACACGGGGACAAAGUGAACUUCGAGUUCGUGUUGACCGUGAAUGGCAGCCUUUACCUUUUUGACGAAGACCUGUACGUACCGGACACGGAAUACUGCGUGGAGUAUUCACCGGUGGCCAAGGGCAAUGUGGUGUUCAUAUGCGACGUUAACGCCGUAUUUAAGAUCCCACGUGUGCGUGACAGCUCGAUUCCCUUAUUCCAUCGGGCGAGUUACGUGGCGUCUGCCUGUGUGUCUGGCGCUCACUCUGCUCGUGUGAUGGUUGCCUGUUUGACGGUCAUGUGUUCGAAAGUCAUAUGUGUUCGAAAAUGUGUGUUCGAAAGUUCAUGUUAUCAAACAUAUGACUUAUCGAACAUAUGGCUUUUCUAA